UCUAGAACAUAUGUCCUCCAUUUGAUUUUGCCCAGCCCCGGGGUCUGCCCGAUUGCUUUUCUAGCUGUUCUAUCUACCCCACACCUGUGAUCAUGAAUAGUAGCCCCUUCUUUCAGCCCCCCAAGAUCAUCAGUAUCCCUGGUACUGGCAAUGUGGGCCAUGGCUUUGAGUUAUGGGACAUUGGCUACUUCAGCACCGAGCGUCAUCUUGCCAAGAAGCUCAAGAAAAAUCCUUUUUAUCCGUUUUUUCGGCAGCAGGCUAAUGUAUAUGUGCUAGAGUACUACCAGGACACCUUGUGGAAGGGUCUUCUGCUUUUUUUGAUCUGCAUUGUACUCAUGAGUCUUGGGAUUUUCCGGAAGCUACAGAAUCAGGAGACGUGGGGUUUCCCUGCCUAUGGAGUUGGCAUUGGUCUGUGGCUUACAAUCUCAUCGCUGCCGAAGCGCCGCCUGGUCUUGAACCACAGUCGGGGGAUGUACCACUUCUCCAUCCAUGGUCGCACUGUCUGUCAAGGACCCCUGCAUCGCAUCUACAUCCGCCUCGCCCUCCGAUCUGAUGCCUACGGUAGGUGCUUCUUCCAGUUAGUCCUCUGUGGUCACAAACUGGAACCGCUGGUUCUGGUGAAGCUGUCAGAACGCUAUGAGCAAUUGGAAUUCCUGGGUCGCCAUAUUGCCCGUAAACUGAACAUCAACUACUUUGAUUGUAUAGCUGUGUCCUAUCGCCAUGUUGUCCGCCACUGGCCAUUGGGAUCUGGAUACAGCCCUGGAAUUGUUCCCCGUCGCAGGUCUACUUAUACACCUCACAAUUAUCAGGAAGUGUAAUGGCCUCAGAUCAAUUAGCAUAGAUUUUGAGAAUCUAAUUCUAAUUCUUCCUUCCCCAACAACCCAUCCAAAUAUCUAGGUCUUUCUCUUCCAUGUCUCUUUCCCACCUACAGUCACAAUCCCUGGAUGAUGAGCAAAUGAAGUCCAGCACUGCUCAAUCUCCCUCUCAAUAAAGCUACUUCCUUCC